GCCUCUGUCUAAAUUAGACACUCUCUCUCUAAGUUGUAUUUGGUCUGUUUUCUCUCUGUUUUACUUUAUACUGAUUGAAGUAAAGAAAAGAGAGAAACAAAGUGAUGGGCUGGUUUCCCUGUGCUGGGAAGUCAAGCAAUGAUGCAAAGAAGAAGCUAAAGAAAAGGCCUGAUGAUCAGAUCCCAUCAUCUUCAGAUAAAACAAAGCCAAGUUUGGCACUGGAUGUAAAGGAGACCUCUAAGGAUGGAGGCUCUGAUCACAUUGCAGCGCAUACAUUUACAUUUCGUGAAUUGGCUGCUGCGACAAAGAAUUUCAGGGCAGAUUGUCUUUUGGGUGAAGGCGGUUUUGGCCGAGUAUAUAAAGGGAGAUUGGAGAGCACCAGUCAGGUUGUAGCUAUCAAGCAACUUGAUCGCAAUGGCCUGCAAGGGAACAGGGAAUUCCUUGUUGAAGUAUUAAUGCUGAGCCUACUUCACCAUCCUAAUCUUGUUAAUUUGAUUGGCUAUUGUGCUGAUGGAGAUCAAAGACUUCUGGUUUAUGAAUACAUGCCAUUAGGAUCUUUGGAAGAUCAUCUACAUGACCUACCACCUGAUAAAAAGCGACUUGACUGGAAUACAAGAAUGAAGAUAGCUGCUGGUGCUGCUAAGGGCUUGGAGUAUUUGCACGACAAAGCUAAUCCCCCAGUUAUAUAUCGUGAUUUGAAAUGCUCAAAUAUUUUACUUGGUGAAGGUUAUCAUCCCAAGCUAUCUGAUUUUGGUUUGGCGAAAUUGGGUCCAGUUGGGGACAAAACCCAUGUAUCCACUAGAGUGAUGGGAACAUAUGGCUAUUGUGCACCAGAAUAUGCCAUGACGGGUCAGCUUACACUUAAAUCAGAUGUAUAUAGUUUUGGUGUUGUUCUUCUUGAGAUUAUCACUGGAAGGAAAGCUAUUGACAAUUCAAGAGCUGCUGGAGAGCAUAAUCUAGUUGCAUGGGCGCGGCCUUUGUUCAAAGAUCGAAGGAAGUUUCCACAGAUGGCUGAUCCAUUACUCCAAGGUCAAUAUCCAGUGAGAGGCUUGUACCAAGCUCUUGCUGUUGCUGCAAUGUGUGUUCAAGAACAGCCUAAUAUGCGACCCCUUAUAGCUGAUGUAGUCACAGCCCUUACUUAUCUUGCUUCUCAAAAGUAUGAUCCGGAAACCCAACCAAUCCAAGGCUCUCGCACAGGCAUAUCCACUCCUAGAACUAGAAGAGAACAGUGAAUUUGGUAGCCAGUAAGAGAAAGAUUUAGCAGGAACAGUAACCAGAGAAGCUUCACUCCUGAGAAACCAAUGAUAAAAUCAGUGUCUUCCUGCAAGCUGUGGCUACAGGAAUGCUUUACGCGAACAGAUUUAGUUGAAUCAUCAGAUUGGAGUUUUGAAUCAUCGGAUUGGAGUUAGUAAGCAAUGGUCGGCUGCACAUGCAACAUUACCAAUUAAUGGAAUUUUGGAUAUCACUCAAGAUAGCAGGUGCAAUGACCAGACCAACUGUGUUUUCUGCAAUAGAAGAUUCUUUUUUCUCUUUCUCAUCUAAUUUUUUUUUUGUUGGCCUAUUAUUUGAUUAUCAAUUUUUUGCCCAGUCAUCUUGCUCUGUCUUUUUACCAAUUCUUUUUCAUGUACAAUUGAGCUUGGGGCUUUGUAUGUAGAUGUAUCCUAUAUAGAAACCAUAUCAGUCAGCCUUGAAAGUAUCUGCCUUUGCUUGUUGGCAUUACUACUAGUAGUUUUCACUUUUUGGAAGUGAUAUCUGCAUUUGUUGAACUCAGCUAUAUAUAUGUUUGUUCAGUGAUGAAUCAUCUGUAAGAAAAAUUUAAUCCCAACCCUUUCAGUAGCUUGGUUUGAGUUCAAA